AUGUAUCGAGAGGUCGAAGCCGUCCUGCUCGAUCAGCUCAUCGAGUCAGUGGCACACACAGCUGCAGCAGCACGCAACACCUGUCGACAUCGGGAUACUUGUGCCUCUGUGUCUGUAUGCAGCGACAUACCGGGAGACCAUGAGAUCAUCAUCAUGGUACCUCCCUUGCCCACGAAAUGGAAGCAGCGCCACCAUGCCUUGUCUGCUCUUCAACACAUCUGUGUGUCACCCUCUGCAGGGCGACUUCAAUGACUACGACGAUCAGCAGCCCUACACGCGUGAUGCCCGACACCAGAAGAAAGAAAACGCGACGCACCCAUACAAGCUGCCAAUGGAAGGCUUCGAUGCAUUCUCCGAGGUAAAGAAGCAUUCGACCAACACCGAACACUUCUUUGUAUGUGACGCUCACCUGUCUGCCUCUCUUGCCGUGUGUGAUGCGUCGCCUCAGGAGUACCUGCCCAAGGUCAAAGAGACCAUUGACUACGACAAGUUCGUCGCGGAGAUUGAGGCAAAGGAGCAGGCAGACCUAGAGGCAGAGCUGCAGAAAGAGAAGGAGAAGCAGGAGAAAAGAGCGGCCAAAGCAGCGGCCAAGAUAGAGAAGGCAAUGGCAAAGAAAGCUGCGAAAAAGGCUGAAGCUGAGAGGGCUGCCGGAGCGUCACCACUGUCAGUGGACUGACUACGAAGGGAGGCAGCAAGCGAAAGAAAGGAGGACCAGUGUCGUAUUCUGCUGUGCUGUGUUGUGUUGUGUUGUGUUGUAUGUCAGAGAGCAUGAGAAAGAAGAAGAACCUGAGGAGGAGUUCAUGCUACCUGGGCUCUUCGCUGCUGGAAAUGAAUCAUUCCUCGAUCUGGCCACCAGCCUUAGUGACGAGGAGGAAUCGGUGAGACAUGAAACAAAUGUCUCUUAUCGCCAUUCAACGGAUCGCCGCAGCAUACCAAUGCAUCUCUCUCUCUCUCUCUCUCUGUGUGUGUGUGUGUGUGUGUAAAGCCUUGGGCCACCUCAUGGGUGUUUCCCAUCAUCAAGUACGGCGCCCACAGCCAGCGCUUAACACCACCCACCAGCUCACCAACGCAAUUGGCAAGUUCCCCAAAUACGGAGGAGUGCAGACGUGGCGCAAAUUUAGGUACGUAAUUAUUCAACCUUCACCGCAUCUAAGCCGCAAACACAGCUUGCUGCGGGCAGCGAGCACAUGUGCCCCCUUCAUUGUCUGGCAUCCAUCUGCAGCUACACGUGGAGUGGAGCGCGUUCCCUCCUCGACCACAUACUCGUAAGUAAACCACACGGACGGCUGCUUUGAUGACUACCUGAAAUGUUCGUGUGCGUGCUAUUUCAGGUGAGCCAGAACCUCUGGAAAGCCAUUACAAAGGUGCAGCCGCUCAACCACAGAGCGGCCUACAAAGACGUAAAAGCGUCCUACAAAGACGCGCACCUGCCCUUCAUCAAGCCGCCGCGACGCCGCGAUCCCACCAAAAAGGACGAGUGGAUCGGGAGGGUGAGUAUGCAGCCAACACGUGCUCAUUGCAAGCAACGAAUUCCUCCCUCCCUCUUUGUCUUUGUCUCUGUCUCUGUCUCUGUAUUUGUGUGUGUGUGUGUGUGUGUGUCGCAGGGUGAGAAUCCCUCGGACCACUUCCCCCUCUACAUCGAGUUCGACCUCACCAAGCUGGCCGAGAUUCGAAACAAACAGGCUGGUGCCAAGUGACCGAUGUUGACUCGAGCGAGAUACAGAUCCACCUUGGUGAGAGGUUCAAGGAUGGAUGACUAAAGGUACUUUUACUUUUGCAAGAGUGACCGACCACCGCAGACGGCCAACCAACCAACAGACAGAAGGGUUGCGAUUGUAGUGGCGGUGUCUGGUGCCUGGUUGGUUUUCUUUUUGUAAUGUCUGCCUUGUAAGUGACUGAAAUGGUCAGUGGACAGUCGAUGACGGGAUUUGCAAUGGAAGACCUGGAGAGACACAACGCAGCAAAAGAAGUUGCUCCUUUGCAGUUUCCCCGGCGCCAACGAAGGCGGAGGCAGCGGAAGCUGUGGACUCCAAAUAGCGCAACGGCAGGCACAGACACGUG